UUUCAAACGAGAAUCCAAAAUGGCAGACUGGGAUGCAGAUGAUUUUGAACCUGAUGAUUUCAGUAAAGCCCCAACAGACAAGUGGGUUGGUGAAGACGAGGAAGGCGUCAAAGCAAGCUGGGAAGAUGAAGAUGAAGAAAAACCAGAAGAUGAUGCCCCAAAAGCCAUUCAAGUGAAGAAAAAGAAGCCUCUUAAAGAAAGGAUAGCUGAGAAAGAAGAGCAAGCAAGAAAAGCAGCAGAGGAAAAGAGAAAAAAUGAAGAGAUGGCCAAAAGGAAACUAAAUCCCGAGGAGAUGGCAGCUGAAAAACUUCGACUAAAAAGACAAAUGGAGGAAGAAGAUCUUAAAAUAGCUGUAGAAACAUUAGGAAUAUCAAAUGAUGAACUGAAAGGCUUGUCCAGUAUUGAUGCUAUGCAACCAACCACAGUAGAGGAAUUUAAUACUUUUAAAAAUAAAAUAGUCGAAAAAUUUAACACAUUAGAGCGGUCUAUUCACUAUCACGGUUUCCUAGAUGAUUUAAUACGAGAUGUAACAGUUACCCUGGACGCAGACGAAGUGAAGAAGCUCUCAAGUACAUUAAAUGCUGUUGCAAAUGAAAAAGUAAAAAUACAAAAGGGUCAAAAAGGAAAGAAAAAAAGUACUAAACCUAAAAUUACAAGCUCGAAAGGAGGAGGUGAACUGGAUGACUAUAGUGCAACUGUACAAUACGACAAUGCUUAUGACGAUUUUAUGUAGACUCCAUCCAGAGCCGUUAUGCCCUUAUUUGGAAUAAUCUCAACCACAAUAGGAUUUGUUCUUACUAUAAUUGGAAUAAUUUUAAUUUCAAUCAUGUUGGACAAUUUUGAAUUGUAUUUAAGCUGAGCUCAAUCCAGAUUUGGGAAGAUUUUAAGCUGAAUAACAUUGCAUGGAAUAAUAUCAUUGAACCAGUCUGACCUGACCAGUCUGGGAUGAUCCUGGCCAUUCUGAGAUAAUCUUGACCAGUCUUGGAUGAUCCUCCUGACCAGUCUUGGAUGAUCCUCCUGACCAGUCUGGGAUGAUCCUGAGCAGUCUGGGAUAAUCCCAACCUUUCUGGGAUAAUCCCGACCAUUUUGGGAUGAUCCCGACCAUUCUACGAUGAUCCCGACCAUUCUGGGAUGAUCUUGGCCAUUCUGGGAUGAUCCUGAUCAUUCUGGGAUCAUCUUGACCAUUCUGGGAUGAUCCUGAUCUUUCUGGGAUGAUCCUGACCAU